AUGUUCAUCAACAACGAAUGGCAUGAGUCCACCAGCGGGAAAAAGUUCGCCACCUACAACCCUUCGACGCUGGAGCAAAUCUGUGAGGUGGAGGAAGGAGAUAAGCCCGACGUGGACAAGGCGGUGGAAGCCGCACACGCCGCCUUCCAGAGGGGCUCCCCGUGGCGCCGGCUGGACGCCCUGAACCGAGGCCGCCUGCUGCACCAGCUGGCNNGGAUGUGUGAGGCUCAUGUCUGGUCCUUGCAGACCCUGGAGACCAUGGACACGGGCAAGCCGUUCCUUCACGCCUUUUUCAUCGACCUGGAGGGCUGCAUCAAAACCCUCCGCUACUUUGCGGGGUGGGCAGACAAGAUCCAGGGCCGGACCAUCCCCACAGAUGACAACGUUGUGUGUUUCACCCGGCACGAGCCCAUAGGUGUGUGUGGGGCCAUCACUCCUUGGAACUUCCCUCUGCUGAUGCUGGUAUGGAAGUUGGCGCCGGCUCUGUGCUGUGGCAACACCAUCGUCGUGAAGCCGGCCGAACAGACGCCCCUCACCGCCCUCUACCUUGGCUCCCUGAUCAAAGAGGUCGGCUUUCCUCCGGGAGUGGUGAACAUCGUGCCCGGAUUCGGACCCAUGGGGGACUGGGCACCUGCUACACACAAGGUCUUUGAUGUUUGCUUGUUUGUUUUCAUCCGGAAGGUUGGCAAGCUGGUUAAAGAGGCCGCGUCUCGCAGCAACCUGAAGAGGGUGACGCUGGAACUCGGGGGGAAGAACCCCUGUAUCGUGUGUGCCGACGCCGACCUGGACUUGGCCGUGGAGUGCGCCCACCAGGGAAUAUUCUUCAACCAAGGCCAGUGCUGCACGGCCGCCUCCAGGGUGUUCGUGGAAGAGCAAGUGUACCCCGAGUUCGUCAGGAGGAGCGUGGAGCGCGCCAGGAAGCGGCCCGUGGGGGACCCCUUCGACGCCAGGACGGAACACGGGCCCCAGAUUGACCAAAACCAGUUCGACAAAAUCCUCGCGCUCAUCGAGAGCGGCAAGAAGGAGGGAGCCAAGCUGGAGUGUGGGGGCUCGGCCAUGGAAGACCGGGGGCUCUUCAUCAAGCCCACCGUCUUCUCGGAGGUCACUGACACCAUGCGGAUCGCCAAAGAGGAGAUUUUUGGGCCGGUGCAGCCGAUCCUGAAGUUCAAAACGAUCGAAGAAGUGAUCAGGAGAGCCAACAGCCUGGAAUAUGGGCUCACGGCGGCUGUAUUCACGAAGAACUUGGACAAAGCCCUGAAGCUGGCUUCCGCCUUGGAGUCGGGCACUGUCUGGAUCAACUGCUACAACGCCAUCUACGCACAGGCUCCGUUCGGUGGCUUUAAAAUGUCGGGAAACGGCCGAGAAUUAGGCGAGUACGCGCUGUCGGAAUACACCGAAGUGAAAACAGUCACCAUCAAACUGGACGACAAGGACCCCUGAGGGGAAGGCGGGGUCUGUCCUCCGACGUCUGAAUGUGGCCCAUCCAUCCACCCUGCCGGAGAGAGAGCGACCCUGCUCACUCCCUGGCCCUCUCUCUCCCGGAGACCUUACGUCCCCUGGAUGGAUGGAUGGGAGAGAUUCUCAUUUCCUCCUCA